GGUCUAUGGAUUAUUUAUACUUAUCUUUGGUGGUUGGUAAACAUUCCAGUUUCAACAAUCCAUGAUCCUCGAUCCAUUAUCCAUGAUUUGUCAAAAACUCUGGUCAAAAAAGUAAAAAAAUAUCAAAUCAAAAUGUAAUAAACAUUGCACUUUUCUUAAGAUUUUAUCAUGUUAAAAUAUGUAGCUGUUGAGCAUAAAACAUGAAAAACGAAUAAUCAGUUAAUUAUACAGUGUAAAUCAAGCUUCACUUGUAUUUUAUCAUUGUAACAACAAGUUUUGUGAUACUUCACCGAACAGAAGAUGGCCCUCACAAGUAUAGAUAUAAAAAUUGAAAAUAUAUGCAGAACAUGUUUAACAAAAGAAGCAGAACUGUUCUCGGUGUUUAAUACGUUCGUGGGAGCGUCCACUUUGAAAAACAUCAUAACAUCUGUAACAGGGAUAGAGUUCACAGAAGGCGAUGGCUUGCCUACAACAGUUUGUAGUGAGUGCAAAGCAAAAGCUGAGACAGCUUAUGACUUCAUGUCAAGGUCACGGGAAUCAGACAUGGCAUUACAGGGUCUUAUCAAGAAGGAGAAGUUGAAUGACAAUCAUGAUGUUGAGUCCGGUGUGAAUGUGAAAAUUGAAAAUAUAGCAGAAAAUGGAGAGAUGUACAUGGAUUUAGGUUUUAAUAUCUCACUCAGCAAUAGCAAUGAUAACUUCGAUGAUGAUGAAAUAAAGAGCUUAGAUGAACCACACACAGGCUUACAACUAGAUCAUCAAAAAUUAUUAAUAGAAAGAAGUGCUCCUAGUACUAGGUCAAAAAAGAAAAUCGAUACGGGCCAGAAUAUGUAUGAUGCGGAACAUAAAGUGGCGUACUGUCCCGUGUGUGACACCUCGUAUGCCGACGUGGAGACACUAACCAAGCACAUGUGGCACGAACACAGCGAUGUUAUGGGGCCAAAGAAAAGGGGACGACCAAAGAAAGUUCAAACUAGCGCAAUUUUAAAGAAACUAUCAGAAAACGGUAUGUCAUUAUCAACAUGUGAAUUCUGUAAGAUGGAUUAUAAAACCAAAGAGAAGCUAGACUUACAUAUGCAUAUACAUAAAGAUACUUUACUUACAAACUGCCUAGUCUGUAAAAAAGUUUAUCUAUCCAAAGCGUACUAUCAACAACAUAAAUGUCAGAGAAAUCAUAUAGAUAAAUUGCAAAAUGCAGAACCCCCGGAUCCAAAUAUUAUACAGGACAGAUCAGCACAGGUUUUGUUGGCUGAAAUUGUAAAAUCUAGUGAUGCAGAGGAGGAGGCCAUAGAGUGUGUGAAGGUGUGCGAAGCGUGCGGGCGCGUAUGCCGCUCGCCGGCCGAGCUGCAGCAGCACCGCGACGCCGACCACCCCGAGCUGUCCGCCAGCUGCCAGCUGUGCGAUAAGAAAUUCGCAUCAGUGAAGACCGCAGAGCGUCACCGUGUGACGUGUGAGCGCGUCGAACGUAAAUUCGUCUGUAACACGUGUGGACGUCGGUUCGCUUUCGAGAUCUCUCUUAAUAAGCACAUAUUGCAAAGCCACGCCGGUCAAAGAGUAUCAGUGGACUUCAUAAGCCGCCAGAAGCGACAGGUCAGCUGUGACUUGUGUGGCAAGACCUUCCCUAGUAAGGAGCAGCUUGUUCGUCACAGCAUCGUACACAAAACAACGAAGAAAUACGAAUGUGAUAAGUGCAAGAAGAAGUUUACUAGAAAAGGGAAUUUAAAGUCUCACAUACACCGAGUGCACGAGUCAGGUCGUAGCAGCAAAGGAAGCGGGCUGUGUCUGUACUGCGGCCGCAGUUUCAACAACUCAUCCAAUCUCAUAGUACACAUGCGACGGCAUACUGGCGAGAAACCCUACCAGUGUGAUUUCUGUGGAAAAGGAUUCCCUCGUUCGUCGGACCUUCAGUAUCAUAGACGUUCCCAUACAGGGGAGAAACCGUGCAAAUGUGGAAUAUGUGGAAAAGGUUUCACGGGCAGCAACAAGCUGUCGCGCCACAUGCGCGUGCACACCGGCGCGCGACCGUACAAGUGUCCGUACUGCGACAAGGCGUUCUCGCAGAGCAACGACCUCACCGUCCACGUGAGGCGACACACCGGCGACAAGCCGUACGCCUGCGACGUCUGCGGCGACCGCUUCAUACAGGGUACAGCGCUCCACAACCACCGUCGUGUGCACGGCCACUACCCCGGCACGCAGUGUGUCACGUUCACCGUGCAGACUGUCACGCAGACUCACUGACACGCACGGUAAUUAUAUUGACACAGUGUUGGUAACUGAAGAAAUGGGAGAAAAAGAUGGAAGAGAUACGUCAUUUGGUCGGGUCACGUCAAUGUCAGACGUUACCUGCGCUUGACAUAACUUAACCAAAUUAUUUAGGUCGGCAAUCUGCCUAUGAAUAUUCUCUG